GCCGCCAUGAGCCACCCGUCGGGCCUCCGAGCCAGCAUCUCUUCCACCUCCUACCGCCGCACCUUCGGGCCACCGCCCUCACUGUCCCCCGGGGCCUACUCCUAUGCGUCCAGCUCCCGCUUCUCGAGCAGUCGCCUGCUGGGAUCGGCGUCCACGGGCUCCUCGGUGCGCCUGGGCAGUUUCCGCGGCCCCCGGGCGGGAGCGGGCGCCCUCCUGCGCCUGCCCUCGGAGCGCCUCGACUUUUCCAUGGCCGAGGCUCUCAACCAAGAGUUCCUGGCCACGCGCAGCAACGAGAAGCAGGAGCUGCAGGAGCUCAACGACCGCUUCGCCAACUUCAUUGAGAAGGUGCGCUUCCUGGAGCAGCAGAACGCGGCCUUGCGCGGGGAGCUGAGCCAGGCCCGGGGCCAGGAGCCGGCGCGCGCCGACCAGCUGUGCCAGCAGGAGCUGCGAGAGCUGCGGAGGGAGCUCGAGCUGCUGGGCCGCGAGCGCGACCGGGUGCAGGUGGAGCGCGACGGGCUGGCGGAGGACCUGGCGGCGCUCAAGCAGAGGUUGGAGGAGGAGACGCGCAAGAGGGAGGACGCGGAGCACAACCUCGUGCUCUUCCGCAAGGAUGUGGACGACGCCACCCUGUCCCGCCUGGAACUAGAGCGCAAGAUCGAGUCUCUGAUGGAUGAGAUUGAGUUCCUCAAGAAGCUACAUGAGGAGGAGCUGCGAGACCUGCAGGUGAGCGUGGAGAGCCAGCAGGUGCAGCAGGUCGAGGUGGAGGCCACCGUGAAGCCGGAGCUGACGGCGGCGCUGAGGGACAUCCGAGCGCAGUACGAGAGCAUCGCGGCGAAGAACCUGCAGGAGGCAGAGGAGUGGUACAAGUCCAAAUACGCGGACCUGUCCGACGCCGCCAACCGGAACCACGAGGCCCUGCGUCAGGCCAAGCAGGAGAUGAACGAGUCCCGACGCCAGAUACAGAGCCUGACUUGUGAGGUGGACGGGCUGCGCGGCACGAACGAGGCGCUGCUCAGACAGCUGCGGGAGUUAGAGGAGCAGUUUGCCCUGGAGGCGGGCGGGUAUCAAGCGGGCGCCGCGAGACUAGAGGAGGAGCUGCGACAGCUGAAGGAGGAGAUGGCACGGCAUCUGCGCGAGUACCAGGAGCUCCUCAACGUCAAGAUGGCCCUGGACAUCGAGAUCGCCACCUACCGGAAGCUUCUGGAGGGCGAGGAGAGCAGGAUCUCUGUGCCAAUCCAUUCUUUUGCAUCCUUGAGUAUAAAGACUACUGUACCUGAGGUGGAGCCUCCUCAGGACAGCCACAGCAGGAAGAUGGUUCUGAUCAAGACCAUUGAGACGCGGGAUGGAGAGCAGGUGGUGACCGAGUCCCAGAAGGAGCAGCGCAGUGAGCUGGACAAGUCUUCUACUCACAGCUACUGAACCCAUUGGUCCAGAGCUCCCUGACCCUGCCCUAGCCCUACUCCAAGUCCCAGACCCCAACACCAGUACUGAAUUAGCCCUCUCUGGCUCUGCAUGUGUCUAAGGGAUGCCACAAGUCACCCCUUCCCUGGCCUGUGGCCAAGCCCUACCCAGCCAGCCAUAGCUGGCCCUUUUCUCCCUGCCCUGGCACGUAUCUGUGACCUGUAUGCCCUAUAUAUGACCUAUAUAUCCCCUUAUCGAGUCCUAAUAAGAGGCCAGCGAUCUCCAGAACUAGUCAUUAUCCCAUGACCAGUGGAGUGGGCCAGGAUCUGAGUUCCACUUUUGAAUCAAAUAAAACUGCUGUCAAGAGAAA